CUCUCUAGCCAUUCAGAGUGUCAUGUCCAGUGGCGACGCCCUGAACCCAGGGAAGACAGGAGGCGUGGGUUCCGCCAUCUUUCAUCUCCAUGACAACGGAACACUGGACUACCAGGUCCAGGUUGCGGGCCUGAGCGGCGAGGUGGUGGGCCUCACCAUCGAGUUGAAGCCCCGGCGGCGCCACAAGCGCUCUGUUCUAUACGACCUGACGCCGGAGUUGGACGUCGCGCUGGGCCACGCCCAGGGCAGCUGGAGCCGGCUGGAGGCGCGCCACAUCCACAUGCUGCUGCAGAACGAGCUCUUCAUCAACGUGGCCACCGCGCACAGCCAGGAGGGGGAGCUGAGGGGGCAGAUCAAGGCCCUGCUGUACAGCGGGCUAGGGGCGCCGCGCCACGAGCUCCCCAUCCUGCUGGCGGGCGUGCUGGUGGUCCCCCCGGUGCUGAGCAGUGCGGGGGGACACGCCUGGGUGUGGGUGGACGAGCAUUGCCACCUCCACUACCAGAUCGUUGUUGCCGGGCUGAGCAAGGGGGAGGAGCUGGCGGGCAGCGCCCACCUGCACGGCCUGGCCGAGAUCGGGGAGAUGGACGAGGGGAGCCAUGGCUCCAAGAGGCUCCUCACCGGCUUCUACGGCCCGCAGGCCGGCGGGGUGCUGAAGGACCUGAGUGCAGAGCUGCUGCAGCACCUAGGCCGCGGGACGGCCUUCCUCCAGAUCACCACCAAGCUCAACCCGCAGGGGGAGAUACGAGGACAGGUCCAUGUUCCUAACAGCUGUGAGGUCAGUGUGCGGGGUGAGGCGGGGGACGAGUCGGAGCUGAGGCGGCAGGGGGGGGGGGGGGACCCUGAGGAGCUGAAGAAGGACCCCAACACAUGCUUCCUGGAGAACCAGCACCGCGCCCACGGCUCCCGCUGGACCCCCAACUACAACAAGUGCUUCUCCUGCAGCUGUCAGAAGAAGACGGUCAUCUGUGAUCCAGUGAUCUGCCCCCUGUUGACCUGUGGCCAAACCCUCCAGCCCGAGAACCAGUGCUGCCCAGUCUGUGACGAGAGGAAAGAGCCCAAGGACACCAAAGCCCCGGAGAAGGUGGAGGAACAUCCUGAAGGGUGCUACUUUGAGGGCGACCAGAAGAUGCACGCCCCGGGCACCACGUGGCACCCCUUCGUCCCUCCCUUCGGCUACAUCAAGUGUGCCCUCUGCACCUGCAAGGGAUCUACGGGCGAGGUACACUGUGAGAAGGUCACAUGUCCCGUGCUGACCUGCAGUCGCCCAGUCAGGCGUAACCCAUCUGACUGCUGCAAGGAGUGCCCCCCUGAGGAAGAGAAGCAACCCGUGGGGCUGGAGCACGCAGACAUGAUGCAGGCCGACGGCACGCUCCAAUGCAAGUUUGGCAAGAACUUCUACCAGAACAGCGACACCUGGCACCCGCGGGUGCCCCUGGUGGGGGAGAUGAAGUGCAUCAACUGCUGGUGUGAUUAUGGUGUGACUAAGUGCCAGAGGAAGCAGUGUCCUGUGUUGACCUGCCAGAACAUCGCCCGCAAAGAUGACAAAUGUUGCCCGGAUUGCCUUGAUUCCAAAGAGGAGGGAGAAGAGGAGGAGGUCCUAAUGAUGAAGGUCCCGGACAAGAGGCCGAGCUGGAGGCACUGAAAAACACAUCCACCAAAACUAACCCCCCCCCCCCCAGAUCCUCCAACAGAACUACCGUUACUGCACCUUCAGAACGUAUCCAUGCCCCCCAUUGCGACCACACCCCUUUGGCCGACCCAGGAGAGAAGGCUUUUCUUACUGAGGGGGGGGUCUGCCAUGAGGACAGCGGGGGCCUUGUCAUGGGAGGGCGGAGUGAGCUGGCUCCCCGGCAGCCUUCCUGUUCCUCUCUCCUCUCCUGGGCCAGGAGGGUGUCUCUCUGGCUGUGCGGCGCUGCAUAGCAGAGUGUUUUAAACCGGCCUGCACUGGCUCACCGCUGGACACCAGGAACCAUUCUUCAGUUUGUGUUUUACUCCCGUCCUCAAACAGCAUCCCUCUGAUGGGACAUGUGUGUUGUAAAUUGUGUGUGUGUCUAUGAGGGAUUGUGUGUGUUUGGGUGUGUGUGUGUGUGUGUGUGUGUGUGUGUGUGUGUGUGUGCGUGCGUGCGUGCGUGCGUGCGUGCGUGCGUGCGUGUGUGUGUGUGUGUGUGUUUGUGUGUGUGCAAAAAGCACACAAACACACACACACAAGUGUGCACACAAACCUAGAGUGUGCACUGUGGCCCAACAAUUAGCUUAGCCGAAAAAUAUGAUUGAAAUGAUCCAGAAACUGAUGUCAUGGAUUGGAAUGUGGGCUUAAAUUACUGCAGUCAGACAAACAGUCGCUGCGUCACCCCUCCUCCGCCGGUGCCCUGUGUGCGUUUCCAGUGUGUCAUGCACUCUUCUCAAACAUCUACAAGCUUUGAGCAAUAGAAGGCAUGUUUGUAUUUUAUUGUAUUUAUUGAAAGUGUGAAGGGAAAAUAAAAUAAAGAUGUUCAUAAGA